UUACAUCUUGUUGAAUGACAUUGAAUUCCUUGAGGUUGGCAAAAAGCAGCCUGCCCUUGAUGUUCUCUAUGAUGUUAUGAAAAGUAAAAAACACCGAACAUGGCAGAAAAUCCACGAGCCAAUUAUGUUGAAGUACCUGGAACUCUGUGUGGAUCUCCGCAAGAGUCAUCUGGCAAAAGAAGGACUAUACCAGUACAAGAAUAUUUGCCAGCAGGUAAACAUCAAAUCUUUGGAAGAUGUUGUUCGAGCCUAUUUAAAAUUAGCUGAAGAAAAAACAGAAGCAGCUAAGGAAGAAUCACAGCAGAUGGUACUGGACAUAGAAGAUUUAGAUAAUAUUCAAACUCCAGAAAGUGUUCUGUUGAGUGCUGUAAGUGGAGAAGACACUCAGGAUCGUACUGACCGACUGCUUCUGACACCCUGGGUUAAAUUUCUAUGGGAAUCGUACAGGCAAUGUUUGGAUCUUCUCCGAAAUAAUUCUCGAGUGGAACGCCUGUACCAUGAUAUUGCACAGCAAGCUUUUAAGUUCUGCCUGCAGUACACGCGUAAAGCUGAGUUCCGCAAACUCUGUGAUAACCUGCGAAUGCAUUUGGGGCAGAUUCAGCGUCAUCAUAACCAAAGCACAGCAAUCAACCUCAACAAUCCUGACAGUCAGUCAAUGCACUUGGAGACCAGACUUGUGCAGCUGGACAGUGCUAUUAGCAUGGAGCUGUGGCAGGAAGCUUUCAAAGCAGUGGAGGAUAUUCAUGGACUAUUUGCACUGUCUAAGAAACCACCCAAACCACAACUGAUGGCAAAUUACUAUCACAAAGUUUCAACUGUCUUCUGGAAAUCAGGAAAUGCUCUUUUUCAUGCAUCCACACUUCACCGACUUUAUCACUUAUCGAGAGAAAUGCGAAAGAAUCUCACACAAGAGGAGAUGCAGAGGAUGUCUACUCGAGUCCUUUUGGCCACUCUGUCAAUUCCUAUAACUCCUGAGAGAACCGAUAUUGCUCGCCUUCUGGAUAUGGAUGGCAUCAUUGUUGAGAAGCAGCGACGUCUGGCAACCCUGUUGGGUCUCCAGGCGCCCCCUACACGUGGCAGCCUCAUUAAUGAUAUGGUAAGGUUCAACGUAGUGCAAUAUGUUGUUCCUGAAGUGAAAGAACUUUACAAUUGGCUUGAAGUAGACUUUCACCCGCUCAAGUUAUGUAGCCGUGUCAGCAAGGUUCUGAACUGGGUGAAAGAUCAAGCUGAAAAGGAACCUGAGCUGCAGCUGUAUGUUCCUCACUUGCAAAACAAUACCAUUCUUCGCCUUUUGCAGCAGGUGGCCCAGAUUUAUCAAAGCAUUGAAUUUUCUCGCCUGGCUACUCUGGUUCCUUUUGUUGAUGCUUUCCAGCUGGAACGUAGUAUCGUUGAUGCAGCCAGACAUUGUGACUUACAAGUUCGCCUUGAUCAUACUACCCGGACACUGAGUUUUGGCUCAGAUUUGAAUUACAGUACUAGAGAAGAUGCUCCACUAGGCCCUCAACUACAAAGCAUGCCUUCUGAGCAAAUUAGAAAUCAGCUGACUGCUAUGUCCUCAGCUCUGGCUAAGGCUCUUGCAGUCAUUAAGCCUCCUCACUUGCUGCAAGAGAAGGAAGAACAACAUCAGCUGGCAGUCACUGCCUUCCUAAAAAAUUCAAGAAAGGAGCAUCAGCGUAUUCUUGCACGUCGUCAAACUAUAGAGGAAAGAAAAGAGCGCCUUGAAAGUUUAAACAUUCAGCGUGAAAAAGAAGAACUGGAACAACGUGAAGCAGAAUUACAAAAAGUCCGGAAAGCUGAAGAAGAGAGGCUGCGCCAGGAGGCAAAGGAAAGAGAGAAGGAGCGUAUCCUGCAAGAGCAUGAACAAAUCAAAAAGAAGACUGUUCGUGAGCGCUUGGAGCAGAUUAAGAAGACUGAACUGGGAGCCAAAGCUUUUAAAGAUAUUGAUAUUGAGGAUCUUGAAGAAUUGGAUCCUGACUUCAUUAUGGCUAAACAAGUUGAACAGCUUGAAAAAGAAAAGAAAGAACUCCAGGAACGUCUGAAGAAUCAGGAAAAAAAGAUUGACUAUUUUGAAAGAGCGAAGCGCUUAGAAGAAAUUCCUUUAAUAAAGACUGCCUAUGAAGAGCAAAGAGUGCAUGAUAUGGAGCUGUGGGAGCAACAGGAAGAAGAAAGGAUCACCACUUUGCAGUUGGAGCGUGAGAAAGCCCUUGAGCAUAAGAACAGACUCUCAAGGAUGUUGGAGGAUAGAGAUUUAUUUGAAGCCAGGCUCAAAGCAUCACGCCGAACAGUUUAUGAGGAUAAACUCAAGCAGUUCCAGGAACGGUUAGCAGAAGAGAGACGUAAUCGUUUGGAGGAACGUAAGAAACAACGCAAAGAAGAGAGACGCAUUACUUAUUACAGAGAGAAGGAGGAAGAAGAGCAAAGAUUACGAGAAGAACAGCUGCUUAAAGAGCGUGAGGAAAAGGAACGCAUUGAGCGUGAGAAACGUGAGCAGCAACAGCGUGAAUACCAGGAACAUCUCAAAAAGCUAGAAGAAUUAGAGAAGAAAAAACGUCAAAGAGAAAUGGAGAUAGAAGAAAGAGAGCGUCGUCGGCGGGAAGAAGAAAGGAGAGGUCUGGAUGACCCAUUUUCAAGAAAGGAGUCUCGUUGGGGUGAUAGGGAGUCUGAAAGCUCUUGGAGAAGAGGUGGUGAGGCAGAAUCUGAAUGGCGACGAGCACCAGUGGAAAGAGAUUGGCGUCGAGGAGAAGCAAGAGAUGAUGAAAGACCUUUCCGACGAGGGGAUGAUAUGCCCCGACGUAGUGCUGCAGAAGAAAAGGAGCGUCCUUCUGUGGAAACAACAGAGGACAGGCCACCUAGGCGUGAAGGGGAUGAAGACAGGCCACCUAGGCGUGAAGGGGAUGAGGACAGGCCACCCAGACGUGGACUGGAUGAGGACAGGCCGCCCAGGCGUGGUUUGGAUGAUGAUAGAGGGAGCUGGCGGGCUGCAGAUGAUGACAGGGGUCCCAGGCGUGGCUUGGAUGAUGACAGGCCACCCAGGCGUGGCUUGGAUGAUGACAGGCCACCCAGGCGUGGCUUGGAUGAUGACAGACCACCCAGGCGUGGCUUGGAUGAUGACAGAGGCAGUUGGCGUGCAGCAGAUGACGACAGAGGACCCAGGCGUGGAAUGGAUGAUGACAGGCCACCCAGACGGGCUUUGGAUGAUGACAGGCCGCCCAGACGUGGGCUGGAUGACGACCGGGGCAGCUGGCGUGCUGCAGAUGACGACAGGGGUCCCAGACGAGGGAUGGAUGAUGACAGAGGACCCAGGCGUGGGAUGGAUGACGAAAGGAUGUCAAGGCGUGAUGAUGACAGGGGACCGUGGCGUAGCACAGAUGAUGACAGGCUCUCCAGACGAGAUGAUGACAGGGGUCCGUGGCGUAGCAGUGAUGAUUCAAGGCCAGGUCCUUGGAGACCAUUUGGUAAACCAGGGGGAUGGAGAGAAAGAGAAAAGGCUCGUGAGGACAGCUGGGGGCCUCCCCGAGACUCAAGACCUCCAGGAGACCGUGAAUGGGAUAGAGACAAAGAUCGUGAUGAAAAUGAGAAAGACCGUGAAUUUGACAGAGAGAGAGAUUUUGAUCGAGACGAUCGUUUCAGGCGUCCCAGGGAUGACGCUGGUUGGAGAAGAGGACCAGCUGAGGAAAAUUCUAGCUGGAGGGAUUCAAGUCGUCGUGAAGAAUGGGACAGAGGUGGUCGUGACAUGAGAGAUCGACGUGCUGAUGACAGAGACCCACCCCUCAGAAGAGGACCACCACUCAGAUCUGACCGUGAAGAACCAAGCUCAUGGCGGCGUGCUGAUGAUAGGAGGGAAGACCGUGGAGAAGAACGUGAAACAGUUCGGCGAUCAGCUGCUGCUGCUGCUCCUCCAGCUUCCGCUCCCCCACCAGCAUCAAAAGAUCGAGAAAGAGAUGGGGAGAAGGAGAAAGGUUCCUGGAAAACAGAAAAGGAGCGUGAGCCCCUUCGCCGUACUAAGAAUGAGACAGAUGAAGAAGGGUGGACCACUGUACGACGUUAAGUGGAAAUCAGAGAGUUUAACCAAUGUUUUAGCUUUGUUUUGAUCGAGUCCAUGGAUUAUAUUUGUGCUUAUAAACAUUCUGAAUUGGAAUUCUUUAACAAAUGUUUUGAGGUAACAUGAAAGCAUGAGCUUGAAUUACUUACUCAUAUAGAUUGAUCAUGCACAAAACUCACAGCAGAAGGUUGGAAAUUGAAUGCCAGGUUUUGAAAUUUCAAAUGAUGCUUAUUUCAUGGGUCAUUUGUUGCUAAAAUAAAAAGAAGCAAGCCCAACAGUUGUCUUGAGUAAUGCUUCUAUCUCGCACCAAAACAGGCUGGCCUUUUUAUUUUUAGUCUUUCUUAAUUUGGAAUGGGGUAUUAUUGCCACAGAACAUGCAUUUAAAAACACCCCUGUUCACACAGUGGAAUUACUGAAAAAGCAGAGCUAAAUCGGUUUUCUUAAUUAGCCAAAAAGAAAAAUUAGAAAAAAUAUAAAAGCCCUCUUUUACAUAGGUAUCUUUGAGGGCAGGCGGUUUUUGAGAGAUGUAUUUUAUCACUAUCUAAAUUCAGUAAGUUGUUUAAAUUUAAGUACUAUGAGUAAUAACUAUAAGCAUUAGCUACACUGGGAUAUUUUCUGUAGAUUUACUUGAAUACCUAACACCUACGAGGCCAUUUUGCAGUUAUUGUUCCAGUAACGUAUGCUGCUGCAGUGUACAACCACAAAACUUCAAGCUUUUACAAUUUAAGUGUUUUGGUAAGCAUAUGGCUAUGUAUUUUCUGUUGCCAAUAUCACAACUGCUUUUUCCAUUACUGAAUAAUUCAUGCCUUCCAAGGAUUUAUAAAUAUUGUCAUAUUUACAAUGUGUGGUUUUGGAGAAAUUGCUGAAUUUUCCCCCAAUUCUUUGUCUUCAGGGUCAAUUCUUUCCCUUUCCAAAAAAAGUGAUUUGUCAUAAUGGCUGUGUUGACUUCAGUUUUGGGGUGCGGUAACAAGGAUUAACUAUCUGGUCAUACUGAAGCCAAUGCAGAACUUGCUGCUGUGUGUUUCUUCAAUGAUAAA